GAUUAUUCUCCCGGUCUGCGCGCGUCCAGUCCGGUUGUGAAGUUGUCUCACUUCUGAGUGACACUCCGGUGUUGUGGGUGAAACCGUCGCCAUAUAUAUAACGUUUCCUCUCCAGGAGCCGGCGUGGUGAACACAGACCGGUCACUAAAGCAGGGGGUGUGAAAUCAUGUUCAGACUCCUCAGUCACCAAGGAAAGAGGACGCGGAGCUGCCUCGCAGGCCAGCGCCGCUAUGAGCACCACAGGGCCGUCAUGGCCAUCCGCCGCGAGGACAUCAACCCCUGGGAGAGGAGGGCGCCGCUAGCCCCGAAACACGUCAAAGAGCUCACCAACGCCGGCGUCAAAGUCCUGGUCCAACCAUCCAACCGUAGAGCCAUCCACGAGAAGUACUACAUGAGGGCGGGGGCCGUCGUUCAGGAGGACCUUUCGGAGGCGUCGCUGAUCAUCGGGGUGAAGAGGCCGCCGGAGGAGAAGGUCAUCCCCAGGAAGACGUACGCGUUCUUCUCCCACACCAUCAAGGCUCAGGAGCCCAACAUGGGGCUUCUGGACGACCUGCUGAACAAGGAGGUUCGUCUGAUCGACUACGAGAAGAUGGUGGAUGCUAACGGCUUCCGGAUCGUAGCGUUUGGUCACUGGGCCGGCAUCGCAGGAAUGAUUAACAUUUUGCAUGGAUUGGGGCUGCGCUUCCUGGCUCUCGGUCACCACACUCCCUUCAUGUACAUCGGCAUGGCUCACAACUACAGGAAUGUCAGCCAGGCCAUCCAGGCAGUGAGGGAUUGUGGGUAUGAGAUUUCCAUGGGGCUCAUGCCCAAAUCUAUCGGCCCUGUGACGUUUUGUUUCACCGGUACCGGUAACGUCUCCAAGGGAGCCCAAGACAUCCUCAACGAGCUUCCUGUUGAAUACGUUGAACCUCAUGAGUUGAAGGACGUCUCUGAAACAGGAGAUAUGAGCAGAGUGUACGCCACCGUUCUGAGCCGACAUCACCACCUGAUGAGGAAGAGCGACGGCAUUUAUGACCCCAUGGAAUACGAGGACCACCCUGAACUUUACACCUCGCACUUCAGGACCAGCGUGGCGCCCUACACAACCUGUCUGAUCAAUGGUAUUUACUGGGACCCCCACACCCCCCGACUACUCAGACGACUGGACGCCCAGAAGCUGAUAAGACCGAUCAAGAACUUGCCAAUGGCCACUGAGGGAUCACCAAGCCUGCCUCACAAACUGCUGGCCAUCUGUGACAUAUCGGCCGACACCGGGGGCUCCAUAGACUUCAUGAACGAUUGCACCACCAUCGACAAGCCUUUCUGUAUGUACGACGCUGACCAGCACAUAGAUCACGACAGUGUGGAGGGAAACGGGAUCCUCAUGUGCUCCAUCGACAACCUUCCUGCUCAGCUUCCCAUCGGAUCCACCGAGUACUUUGGAGACCGACUCUUCCCCUACCUCUGGGAGAUGCUACCUUCAGAUGCCACCAGACCACUGGAGGAAGAGGACUUCAGCCCCCAAGUCAGAGACGCCGUCAUCACCUCAAACGGAGUCCUCACCCCAAAGUUUGAAUACAUUGAAAAACUUCGAGAAAGGAGGGAGAAGGCUCAGAUCAUGAAGAAGUCUGGGAUGAAGCGCGUCCUGCUGCUGGGUUCAGGAUACGUCUCCGGACCCAUAGUCGAGUAUUUGACUCGCGACGAGAAGACCCAGGUCACUGUGGCGUCGGCGCUACUGAGGCAGUCAGAGGAGCUGGCAGCCAAAUAUCCCAACACCAUCCCCGUCAUGCUGGAUAUCAGCAGCCAGGAAGGACACCUGGACUCUCUGGUCAAAGAUCAUGACGUGGUCAUCAGCAUGGUGCCGUACGCGCUUCACCCGCUCAUCGCCAAACACUGCAUCAAGAGGAAGGUAAACAUGGUGACAGCCAGCUACCUGAGUCCUGCCAUGAAGGAGCUGCAGAGCAGUGUGGAGGAGGCGGGCAUCACCAUUGUGAAUGAGAUGGGACUGGACCCGGGCAUCGAUCACAUGCUCGCCAUGGAGUGUAUCGACAAGGCCAAAGCUGACGGCUGCACAGUGGAGUCCUACAGGUCGUACUGCGGCGGUCUUCCUGCUCCUGAAUGUUCAGACAAUCCUCUUCGCUACAAGUUCAGCUGGAGUCCGUACGGGGUCCUUCUCAACACCAUCAGCGCCGCCACAUUCCUCCAAGACAACGAGGUGGUGAACAUCCUGCCUGGCGGUUCUGUGAUGGAGUCCAGCGAGCUGAUGGAUUUCUUUCCUGGUUUCAACCUGGAGGGAUUUCCAAACCGUGACAGCACCAAGUACGCCGAGGUUUACGGCAUCCAGACAGCACACACACUGAUCAGAGGAACACUGCGCUACAAGGGCUUCUCGAAGGCCAUGAGUGGGUUUGUCAAACUGGGUCUGAUCAACAGCGAGCCCUGUCCCAUGCUGCAGCCGACUUCAGCUCCUGUUUCCUGGAAAACACUCCUCUGUAAGCAGAUGGGAUUGUCCUCUUCUAUCUCCCACGAUGCUUUUGAAGAAGCCGUAUACGAACGCAUCGGAAAGGACGACUUCACGAUGGACACCCUGAGAUGGUUUGGGAUGCUGAGCAACGAGUCAGUUUUUCACGCCGACAGCGUGUUGGGUGCUAUGACAAAACAUCUGGAAGCUAAACUCUCCUACGAGAAGGGUGAGCGAGACAUGAUCCUCAUGAGGAACGACAUUGGGCUUCGCCACCCAACUGGCGAGCUGGAGACCAAACACAUUAGCCUGGCGGUGUACGGCAACCCCAGUGGCUUCUCCGCCAUGGCCAAGACUGUCGGAUACCCAGCAGCCAUUGCUGCUCGAAUGGUCCUUGAUGGUGAAAUCACUACGAAGGGACUCUUGCUUCCCAUGACGAAGGAGAUCUAUAGGCCGGCGCUGGCCCGACUGAAGGAGGAAGGACUUUACUUCAUGUCCAAGAGCACCUUGCAGGAGUAGAGCCGAGCCUCCAAAGAAAGCAGAUCAGUAAUCACUGAAAAUACUAUCCAACAACUCCAGAGAACAUUUAUAAAAUCCACAUGCUAUCAGCUGCCUUUUCACCAACUUUAUACAAACUGGAUCUUCCGACAGACUCGCCUGUCUGCUGAUUGUCGGUGUUUAAAAUAAUAAUAAAUCUGCCAGGGUCUGAUAAAAUAAAUAUUAGUUAUCUA